GAGGACGUAUCUAGCGUGUUGUGGUGGUGUUUGGACGAGUCGCCCCGCUCCUAGCUCUUUCUUACUAUAGUUUUCCCUUUGCUUUGUAUCGCUGCUUUUGGAUAUAAGAGUUGACCAAGAAAGACAAAGAAAAGGUGACUUUUGCAACACACAUUCCUUGUGAGAGGCAAUAAGGGAAUGGAGAGAAGAAUCAAGCUAAGGACUUUAAAUGAGCACAUUGUGUGUGCUAUUUGCUCUGGCUACCUGGUUGAUGCCACUACAGUCACAGAAUGUCUUCACACUUUUUGCAAAUCAUGUCUCGUCAAACACCUAGAGGAGCGCAAUACCUGUCCCACGUGCGACAUUGUCAUUCAUCAGUCGCACCCACUAAAUUACAUUUCAUUUGACCGAACUAUGCAAGAUAUUGUGUGCAAGCUUGUACCCAUGCUACAGGAAGAUGAGUUAAAAAGAGAGCGAGAGUUUUACAGAGCAAGAGGGGAGGUUUGUCCAAAAGAUCUUCCCCAGGCUAAUGAGGAGGAACUUCAACAGGAUGACAAGGCAGUUAAUGAUACUGACUACCACAGACUAGAUGAACAGGUUAACAUUUGUUUGGAAUGUAAAUAUCCCACAUUGGCUCCUCUUAAACGAAGAUUUAUACGGUGCUCUGCGCAAGCUACUAUUACUCACCUUAAAAAGUUCCUGGCACUUAAAGUACUUGAGGGUCCACAAAAGUAUAGAGAGAUUGACAUCAUGUGUAAUGACGAGAUGUUGGGGAAGGAUCACACGCUUAAGUUUGUCCAGGUAACUCGCUGGCGGUUUCGUAGUCCUCCUCUCAAGCUCUGCUACCGACCCAGGAUUGACAUAUAAGUUUUCAUCUUUGUAAUACAGUGUGAUAGAUGAUUUUAUGAGAUUUGCUAUGAAUGAGAUGUAAUUUAGUGGAAAAUUCAGAUUUUACUCUUUUUGGACCAGAAUUAUAUUAUAUGUAUAUAUAUAUAUACUAAAUACAAUAACACACACACAUACUCACACUGUAUUCAUGUUCAUUUAUUCUCGUAUACCUGGGGAGGUGCUUUGCACAUCAUACUACCUUUUCUUGACUUACGAGGAGUUAUCAGCAAAUAUUUGGCAACUUGUAAAUUCACUAGACAACCGCUGAUGGCCUGCUUUCGUUGAACAAAAUCUUGUGUCCUUAUAUUCCCUAACCCGGCAUUGCUGACCUCACUAUUGUUACCACCAAAAUACUCAUUAAUAUUUAUGAACUAGGAGACAGUCAUCAGUGCUGAGAUAGUGACUUUGAAUAUAACAAAACAGAACAGAAGAUCAACAAGGUUGAAAGUGGUGCGGGUAUUUGUGUCAUGGUGGAUUCCAAGAGACUCCCAAAAUGCACCUCUAUCACUGUGUAUGAGCUGCAUCCUUGGAGAACACAUUUGGUUGUUUUCUAAAACUUUGCAUGAAAAUCUGUGGUAUUUUAAUAAAUAAUAAUUCAGUGAUUAAUAAUACCUGGACAGUAUUAGUAAUGAUAAUACAUCAUCUUGUGGUGUUAAAUAUACCCACCAGCAGAUGUAAUAAUUUGUAUAAAUCUAAUAUACUGUAUUGAGCAAUUUAAUUAUGGUUUCACUGAUGUCUGAUAUGUAUCAGACUAAAUACUUACUGUGUGCAUGAUUCCAGUUUUGUUCUAAAAUUUCUUUGACAUGAUUAUACUACAGUAGAACCUCGAGUGACGAUCGCCUCAAAUGGCGAGCAUUUUGGGUAACGAUUGCCCAGUUCGCCAACAAUUCGUCUUGUAUGGCAACAGCUCGUUUGAAUGACGACAAGACCACAAGGUGGGAUCGCGCUGCUUCUCGCACAUUCUCGGAUGCCUCCGACGAUGCAAAUAAAUUAUGUUGUUUUUGUUUAAAGAUGCUAAUGAUGCUGGGAUAUAAAGGGGUGACUGCUGAGAUGUUGCAAAGCA